GAGCUGUUCCAUGGGAGAAUCUGAUCAGCGAUUGUAGAGCAUUUUAAGGUUUGUGUAUUUUGUAUUUAUCGAUAUCAUACCUGUGCGCAGAUUUAUGCAGGUUAUACAUGCGAUCGUGUUAUCUAACGAUUGAACAACGGAAUCGGUACGGGAUCGAUUGACGAGUGAGUUAGCUGUUGAUUGAUGGCUUAAGGGCGUCAGUGUGGUUUGAUUUGAACUUAGUCUAACUUUUAUGGUUCCGUGGAAGAGUUCGCUCUGAGUAUGGUGGUGUUUUCCUCUGUUUCGUUUGUGUAUUUUGGAUUCUGUUGAAGGUAAUUGACCUGAUAGUCCGCGCCUGGUAGUGCUAUUCGCUGUGGAAACAAUGUCGGUUGCGCGUCGAGUUUUGGUUCUGUCGAUUUCUUCCACAUAGUAUAGAAUCAUUGGUUCUCCCCACUCGGUUUGCUUUUGUUGACGAACGGAUGCAGUUUAAAUAAAAUAUUAGUUGCCCGGUGAUUAGAUGACAUCAGUCGGCUUUCAAGGGGAUCUUGAAUGACCACCGAUCGCAGUGAUACGAUAAUCAUUGUCUGCCUUAGAACGGCCCUACUCCCUACCACACCGCCUGUUUUAAUAAAAUAUUUCGUGCUUUUCUUUAUUCUUUGUUCUACAAAGGCGUUGAAGUGAGAAUCAGAAAUUACUUGUUCACUUGCUAUCGUCUUGUAAAAGAAUGGCUCUUAAUGCAACAGCUUCAUGUCCGCCGCCCAUGAAAGCUGUAUCUAAUGGCGUCUUUCAAGGGGAUAUUCCUAUUAACUUUUCACUUCCUCUCUUGAUAAUACAGAUAUGCCUUGUAGUUGUCCUUACUCGUGUGCUCGCAUAUUUUCUCAGACCGCUAAGACAGCCGCGUGUCAUUGCAGAGAUCAUUGGUGGAAUUAUACUAGGUCCAUCUGCUUUAGGCCGUAACAAGAAGUAUCUUCAUGCUAUUUUUCCAGCUCGGAGCCUCACAGUUUUGGAUACAGUUGCAAACCUUGGACUUCUAUUCUUUAUGUUUCUGGUUGGCCUUGAGCUGGAUCCAAAAUCCCUUCGCCAGACUGGAAAGAAAACCUUAGGUAUUGCUCUUGCAGGUAUCUCAGUCCCAUUUGUUAUGGGAAUUGGGACAUCAUUUUUGCUCAGAGCAACUAUAUCCAAAGGUGUGAGUCAAGGCCCUUUCCUAAUAUUCAUGGGAGUGGCAAUGUCCAUCACUGCUUUUCCUGUCUUAGCUCGUAUCUUGGCAGAGCUUAAACUUUUAACUACUGAUGUUGGUCGGAUAGCCAUGUCUGCUGCUGCAGUCAACGAUGUCGCCGCUUGGAUUCUACUUGCACUUGCAAUUGCCUUAUCAGGCUCUGGCCAUUCUCCCCUUGUUUCAGUCUGGUCAUUCUUGAGUGGAUCUAGUUUUGUAGGUUUGUGCAUAUUAGUAGCCCCGCCAGUUUUCAAAUAUAUGGCUCGAAGAUGUCCUGUAGGUGAGCCAGUAGAUGAAAUGUACAUCUGCAUUACAUUGGCUGCUGUUUUGGCUGCUGGAUUCGUUACUGAUGCCAUCGGUAUCCAUGCACUUUUCGGGGCUUUUGUGAUUGGAAUUCUUGUAUCAAAGGAGGGAGCAUUUUCUGGAGCAUUGGUUGAAAAAGUGGAGGAUCUUGUAUCUGGUCUUCUGCUUCCUUUGUAUUUUGUUUCUAGUGGACUCAAGACAAAUGUAGCCACCAUUCAAGGAGCUCAGUCAUGGGGCCUUCUUGUGUUGGUUAUAUGUACAGCUUGUUUUGGGAAGGUUGUGGGCACAAUUGCAGUUUCUCUCUUAUGUAAAAUACCUGUCAAUGAAGCAGUAACUCUUGGUAUCCUCAUGAACACCAAAGGUUUAGUGGAGCUCAUAGUUCUUAACAUCGGGAAAGACCGCGGGGUCCUGAAUGAUCAAACGUUUGCGAUCAUGGUUUUGAUGGCUCUAGUCACUACAUUUAUGACUACGCCCAUCGUCGUGCGCAUAUACAAGCCGGCUCGACUCGCUAUUUCGGAAUACAAGCGAAGAACUAUUCAGACAAAGGAAUCAAACUCUCAACUCAAAUUGCUGUUUUGUUUCCACAGUAGCAGCAAUAUCCCCUCUUUGCUUAAUCUCAUGGAGGCCUCUCGUGGCACCGGAUAUAGCGCCGGAGUUUGUGUCUAUGCCAUGCAUCUGAUGGAGCUGUCUGAAAGAUCGUCCGCGAUAUCGAUGGUUCACAAGGCAAGGAAAAACGGGAUGCCAUUUUGGAACAAGCGGAAGAACGGAUCCGACGCAACUGAGGUUGUUGUUGCCUUUGAAGCCUUCCAGCAUCUCAGCCGCGUGUCAAUCCAACCUACGACAGCGAUCUCGUCAAUGUCCAGCAUGCACGAGGACAUCUGCAACAGCGCUGCCGCGAAGAAUGUGGCGAUGAUAGUCCUCCCUUUCCACAAGCACCAAACAAUUGACGGCACCUUGGAGACCACGCGAGUCGGUUUCAGGCAGGUGAACAGUAAGGUUCUCGAGCACGCUCCGUGCUCCGUCGGGAUUUUAGUUGACCGUGGCCUCGGCGGGGCAUCCCACAUCGCCGCGAGCAAUGUCGACUACAAGAUCACAGCCCUCUUCUUCGGAGGCCACGACGAUCGCGAAGCUCUGUCGUAUGGAGCUCUUAUGGCUGAGCACCCUGGCAUUAGUUUAAACGUGGUUCGAUUCAUGGUCGACCCGGAGCUAGCCGGAGGCAUUAUCCAGGUCGAUAUCCACGACGCGGAAGAAGUUAGCUCGAGCGACGAAGCGUUCAUCGCCGAGUUCAAAGCAAAAGCGUCGAAGGACAAGUCGAUCGUUUAUAAAGAAAGUGUCGUGAGAAGCAGCGCGGCAGAAGCCGUGGAGACGAUGCGCGAAUACAAACGCAGCAAUCUGUUUGUUGUAGGAAGAAUGCCGCAGGGGCAAUUAGCUGCCGCGUUGAAGAACAACGGCAACGGUGGCAGCCUCAGCGGCGACGGAUACUGCCCAGAACUGGGGGCGGUGGCGAACUUGCUGGUAUCCCCGGAGUUCUCAAUGGCAUCUGUUUUGAUAGUGCAGCAGUAUCGUCCGCAACUGCCACCGGAAUCUGUGGAUUCACUGAAGGCAGUAGACGAGAUCGGUGAGAAUACAUACUGAGUUUAUAUAUACAUUUAUGUAUGUAGGUAUAUCAUAUGUACAUGUAUUUAUGUACGUGGAAGUAGCAGUGCUCAUAUUGUGCGCACCCGUUAUAUAAAUAAUAUUUACUGCUGCUGCUCUGCAAAAGUAUUGAAAUUGUGAUAUUUUGAAAUAUUGGUCAAAAAAUUAGA